AUGCGACAACCAGCAAUUCCCAUCCGCUCGCCUUUCGAGUCUUCCAUAGCGAAACCAGGCCAGGGCAAUGUCGUCCUUUCUCUCCUCCCGCCUAACAAUCCCACACUCACCACCCUUACCUAUAAAUAUCCAUUAAAGCUAGUCCCGCGAACACCAGGCUUCGUUCCCGAAUCCUCUGCAUCACCAGACUCCUGCCCCUCACAACCAGUCCACCUCUACCUCCUUACCUAUGGUGGUGGCCUAUUACCCGGUGAUCACAUCGAGGUGUCAAUCAAACUUGAGCCCAGAACACGAAUGGUGGUCACCACUCCACAAGGAAGCACCAAGAUUUUCAAGACAGAGCCCAUGGGCCAUACGACCAAGGGCCAUAGACUGAGGAUACCCGUCAACGAGCACCUGUCCGACAUGAGUCAACAGUCUCUGGAUGUGCGAAUUGGCCAUCAAGCAGCUCUAUGCUAUUUACCUGAUCCAUCCGUCCCCUAUAUGAACAGCCGAUAUGCCCAAGUACAAACCUUCACGGUCGAUGCCACUGCUAAGGGUAACAAUCGAAGUAGUCUAUGUGUCCUUGACUGGGUCACGCAAGGUCGUACCUCACGAGGCGAAAACUGGAAUUUCCAGGUCUGGAAAGGCCGUAACGAAGUCUGGGCCGCGGAUGAGAAGACGGGGAGAAGCCGACUACUACUACGAGACUCGGUCAUUCUAGACGAUGAGACUGGGGAUCGUGGGGGCCCAGAAACCGGCAAUUUGGAUGAUGGUUUUGGGCGCGCAGAAACUCCUCCGCCACAGGCUAGUCUGGUUCCAUUGAAUGUGAUUCAAGAACGUACACGUCCCCAUGGUGUAGUAGGAACGUUGAUUCUAUCUGGCCCGGUCUUUGAAAGUCUCGGGAAUUACCUCAUGCACCAGUUCACGUCGCAGCCCCGUAUCGGCAGCCGUAAUUGGUCAUCCACUGCAUCGUCAUCUGCACCAGAGACCUCGCUGAGUACGAAGGGGGGUGCUACUUGGACGGCAGCUCGUGUGCGAGUUGGCUUUGUCUUGGUCAAGUUUGGGGCUAAAGACUUUGAAACUGCCAAGGACUGGUUGGGUGGUCUGCUUCGUGACGAAGGAAGCAUCAUGCGUGAGUUCGGUGAGGAGGCUCUCUUCUGUCUGUAG